AUGUCCGAUUUGGGAAGCUGGUUGCAAACAGUGCCGUAUUUCACGCGGUACUGGUUUUGCUCCACAAUCGCUGUAAGUUUAAUAGCACGGUUUCAAUUGGUGAACCCGAUGUACCUUGUACUGACGAAUGAAGCGUUCAGUAGCUUCCAAAUAUGGAGAUUUGUCACGUGUAUUUUGUACUUUCCUAUAACUCCGAUGACUGGGUUUAGAUUUUUAUUGAAUCUGUACUUUUUGUAUAAUUAUUCGAGGAGACUGGAAGAAUCUACGUUUGCCGGAAGACCUUCGGAUUACUGUUUUAUGCUUGUUUUUAAUGCAAUUUGUUGCAUUAUUUUUGCAUUUUUCAUGAAUAUUUUGUAUUUAAUGGAUUUGAUGGUACUGUCCGUUCUCUACAUCUGGUGCCAGCUAAACCGUGAAACCAUAGUUACAUUCUGGUUUGGAACACGGUUCAAAGCCGUGUAUCUCCCCUGGGUUCUCCUCGCUUUUAACGUUGUCCUCAACGGGGGUGGUGUAAUGGAGUUAAUUGGCAUUUUGGUGGGACACGUGUACUUUUUCCUCAAAUUCAAGUACCCUCAAGAGUUGGAGGGCCCCACUUUGCUUGAAACUCCAGCGUUCUUAAAACAAAUUUUCCCCGAUCAAGUUGGGGGGGUGCACAGUUUCGGCAGCCCUCCUCAGAGGCCUGCUCAAGGUCAAGGAGGGGGAAAUAACAACCGGUUCCCUGGUUGGGGGAGAGGGUACGUUUUGGGGGGCAAUUAG